AUCAUGACAGGACCUCCGACUCUAGUGGACAUCAGGACAGCAUCCUCCUUUUACUCUCUCUCCUCCUCUCUCUUCUUAACCUUAAAGACGCUUUCUAGCCUUUGCCUAUUCUCUGGAAAACAUCUGAAUCAUUUUAACCAACUCCAGCUGUCGCCUUGGUGUGGGUGUGUGAGAAAGUGCAUGGCCAUCUCUGAAUGAGGGGAGACUAGAGCGAGGGUGACGUUUAGAUUUACGGAAAAAGUUAGGAUAUUUUUGCUUCUUGUUUUGUCGGUAUGAACGCAGAUACGUGCGUCUCAUACUGCGACAUGACCUCCAUGGACUCAUAUUAUUCGCCAGCAGCACCAGGGCAAGGGAGAGUCCAACAGGCCAAUCCUUACAGAACUUUCCAGUCGAGCGACUCCAAAUACAGUCCCACUUUCUUGCCCGCCAAAGGCCAGACUUAUGGGGAGAAGCCGCGGAGUCCAUUCCAUCAGGAUUGUCCGACACUGGAUGAUAGCACAGCCGAGGGCGCUUAUAGCAAAUAUCACCUUUUUAUGCAGAGACCCGCGUGCAAAUCUCCUUCUGAAGACAGCAAACUGGAGGACGGCGCGCUGAUCUCAUGCUACGGUGUGGUUUCAGAAUCGCCGGGCAAAUGGAGAAAACGAGAACGCUUUGGUCAAAUGCAGCAGGUUCGGACACACUUCUCAACAGCCUAUGAGCUUCCUCUUCUUACACGGCCAGAAAACUAUGCACAGAUUCAGAACCCGUCUUGGCUAAGCGGCAGCAGUUCGGCCUCUCCAGUGCCAGGCUGUGUGGUACCUUGUGAUACUGUUUCUUCCUGCAUGACUCCUCAUCCUCACUCUGCCAGCGGCGUGUCUGAUUUCCUCGGUAUGCCAAGUCCAGGUGGCAGCAUGGCGCAGACACACAUGGGCAGUCUUUUUGGGAGCUCAGGAGUAGGUGGAACCAUUAACGGUUAUGAUCUCAGCGUCGAGCCCGAUCGCAAAUCCUCCAGCAUCGCCAGCCUGCGCAUGAAGGCGAAGGAGCACAGCGCCGCCAUCUCUUGGGCAACAUGAUGCCUUCAUCUGGGAAACAGAAGAACCAGAUAACCUCAGCCCCAAGCCGUCAGCACUAAUGAGGUGAAAGUUUAUGGCAUCUGGAGCCAAUAUGGACAUGAGAAAUGGAGGCUGGAAGCUUUAAAACACUUGUAGGAGAUUUAAUAUUAAGGUUCUGUAAAGGAAGUGGAUUGUGCAGUGGGACAUUGUGCUAGAAUAAGAGGAAACUGAUGGGCCAGUUUGAACAGAGAGAUGUUUGGUUAAAAUAACUUUUUAUGUAACAUUAAAAAAAAAAAAUCUAUAUGCACUAUUUUCCCCUAUUAUUCAUAGACAUUUGCACUGCCAUUUAAAGAAAAACAAGGUUGCAUUUAUUUAAUCAAAAGAAUACAAACAUUGAAGCUUUAUAAAUAUAUCCAAUGGAUCCUUGGUUAAUACAGAUCUUGACCUGUAGUAGUGACCUUUACUGACCCCAAAUGGUAGAUAUCCUAAAGAAGAAUAUAUUCUAGGGCUGCACGAUAUUGGAAAAAUUUGAUAUUGUGAUUUUUUAUUGUUCUGCGAUAAAUAAUGCGAUAUGAAAAUCUGAUGCUUUAGAAAAUAGCACUAAAUAAAUAGCACUAUUUGACAGCUUUCUGGGGAGUAAUUGAGCAAAUGAAUGAUCACAAUACAACAAUAAAUACUUGUCUUACUU